AUGGGGAUAAGGCACCUUUUGUUGCUGCUAAUAUACCUGGACCCGCUGUGCGUGCUGAGCGCCGCUGCAGGCGGUAAAAAGCCCAAGCCGGCGCCCCGGAAGGCUCCCAAAGCCACGGCGGUCCCCACGGCCGUUCCGCAGAAGACCCCGCAGCCGGCGCCCGCCAGCAACCACGACACAUGCCUGGGCUACUACGACGUGAGCGGGCAGUAUGACAAACUGUUCGAGUGCAACAACACGGACCACCGGUACUGCUGCGGGACGUGCUACCUGCGCUUCUGCUGCGAGUACAAGAAAGACCGGCUGGAUCAGAAAGCCUGCAAGAACUACCAGACGCCGGUGUGGGUGCAGACGGCACCCACACCUGACCCCAUCCCGACCGGGGAAACGUACGAUCCGAGCAUGGAUCAGACCAGCACGGCGGUGUACAUCACCUGUGGGAUCAUAGCCUUCAUCAUAGUGGUGGGAGUGUCGGUCAAAGUCGCCUACGACAAAGCUACAGAGCCGCCUCAGGAAAUGAAUAUACAUAGGGCCCUCGCAGACAUCCUGAGGCAGCAGGGGCCCAUCCCCAUCUCGCAAUACGACUGUGAGAACUUUGCAGCGAUGAACGGCUCGCCCAAAGACAACACGCCGCUCAGAACCUCAUCCAAGAACCACUACACCCCUGUUCACACCUCCAAAUCCAACCACGGUCUCCACUAUGGGAAGGAGAGCGUCCGAAACAGUGGUGGCGCUGAGCUUCAUAGCUUCAUCUCCUCUGGUUUUGUGACAUUGGGUCGAGGCCAUCCAAAAGGUAAACACAACUAUAACCAUGUGGCUCUAGGUAGCCCUACACGCACACCUAAGAAUGAAAACAAUCGGAUAAGUGGCAUCCUGACCUCGCAGACGGAGCCCUACGACCUGUCUUUCUCACGCUCCUUCCAGAGCCUGUCUCACCUGCCGCCUUCCUAUGAGGCGGCCGUCAAAGCCGACCUCAGCCGCUUCUCAUCCCUGAAGAAACUCACAGAUAAAGAUGUCGACGACUACUACACUCGUAAGCGCCACCUGCCCGACCUGGCAGCAAGAGGCACUCUUCCCUUGCAUGUUCUCAAAAUGAGCCAAGACCAGUCUCAACAAAGGCAGAGGCCCCGUCGCGUCCAGAGGGCCAUGUCCCAGGACCGCGUCCUGUCCCCGCAGAGAGACCCACAGCAGGACUACAGCACGUCCUCUAAUGGCAUGUCCCCGUAUGGAGGCCGGAUCCUCUCAGACGAACAGCUCCUGUCUGCUGAACAUCGCCUCCUAUCCCAGGAUCCUCUGCUGUCACCGGACAAGCUGAUGAUGUCCGACAAGUCAAUGUCACGCGCCAUCUCGCACACAGACGUGUUUGUACCAACCACGCCUCUUAUGGACCGCUACAAGAUGACCAAAAUGCACUCCCAUCCCAGUGCCUCUAACAAUGGCGGUGGCAGCGGGGCUCUGGGAGCGGGAGGCAGCGGGCACUCCAACACUUUAGCCAUGAACCAGACAGCAACCAAGAGGCAGGCAUUUGCCACCAGACGGACUCACACUAUGGAACAGCUCCACUACAUCCCACCGCAUCACCAGCAGCAGCAGCAGCAGCAGCAGCAGCAGCCGCAGCACUACCGCACAGGCAGCAAGACUGAGGUGACUGUGUAACGGCAGCCAGCACAACCUGAACUGCACUGGAAGGUGCACUGCUGUGUGCCAGAGGUGGGGUUGAUAGAGGUACGUGGGUACACUGGCCUUCUUUUAGAAUAGGAUGGUGGCAAUUUCACUUUCUUUGACUGAAGUUCCCGCAAAGUCAGAGAUUCCAGGACCAAGAACAUCCACAAGCUAACUGUGAGAGACCGGAAAAACAAGCUACACUGUACACUGCAUACACAGGCCCUGUUAGAUCUGAAGCCAGAGAGGGUCGUGGAUGGGGGAGGGAUGGUAUUAUCCAGCUAACUUGCCUAUUAUUUUCCACUGUAAUUGUUUCCACUUGAUUACCCUAUUCAUCCACAGGCUACAGCCUCAUUCUGUGUGUGGUUUAGUGAGAAAACACUGAUUGUGUCUGUUUUAGCCUUUAUCGGCCCACUUUGUCCAACAAAUCUAUUCUGUGACCUUUUCUGGCAAAUCUCAAAGGGCUUUGCAUGGUUAAACACAGACUGACUUCUCUGUGACUUCUGUUGUGCUACACAACACCAUCACAGGUGAUGAACUAGGUUGAGCCUGUAAUAACUUUAUGAAUAUAUAAAUAAAUGAAUAAAAUACAACCAUUUGUACGCCCUGUCCUACUCAUAGCUCUAGUGAAUCUCAAUGAGAGAAAUUGAAAUGGAUGUUAUUAGCACUUCUAUUUGGUGCCUCCGACAGAUGUUUCAUUUCUAAAAACGAAGUGGUUUUGUGGGUUACAAAGCACAAUCAAAAAAAUAUUGUUUUGUUUUUGAUUUGUUGAGUUUGAAUAGUGACAGCUAGCUUGUUUUGUUCUUAAAGCAAUGGUUUUUUUUUUUUUUGCUUCCAGUAGACGAUUGUAAAUAAGCUAUUCUAGAAACAGUAUUAUGGACAAGUCUGUACUGGAUGGACUUUGUAUUAGACUGUCUGUUUUCAAUAGAUUCUUAAAGAACAACUAUAAAUCAUCACUGUUUUGUGAGUUCAGAAUAGAAACCCACUUAAACAAGUAUUUGACAGGAUCAAUUAAUACUAUACUGUGUGUCUUUGAAAAACUGUUUGUAGGACGAAAAGUGAAUGAAUGUGUUGUUAACUGAUAUACCACUGUUCAUAUUUGGAUGUAGACUGUGUUCCAUUGACAUCAGAAGUUGAACAUCAU